CCGGAUCCAUCCUUGCCCCCGCCGGCCCUGGCGCUGCCCGGAACGCUUGCAGCGGCCCAGCCGGGAGCCCCAAGGAGCAGCAGGCACCAGCAUUGCAAGGCGGGGAGCGCCAGGAAAGGCGCCGGGGCCCCGCUAGGAUCCCGGGCCCCGGCUGGGUGCUCAGCGACUCCAAGGGUGGCUCUUCCGAAGCCUUCCUCCCGGGGGUCUAGAGCCAGGGAGACGGAGCAGGGCAGGGCUUGAGAUUUCGGGGCAGGGGGCGGCCUUUGCACACCCACCCGGCUUUUGUCUGCAAUCCUCCGGCUGCAGUUUCCCAGCCACAAAAGCCUGGGGGGGGAGGGGAUGUUUCCAGGCGAUUUGUAAAGCUCGCCUCCCAGCUCCGGCAUAUAGUUAAUUCGAGGCGGGGGGAGCCUUUGAAAAAUUUGCAAAAUAAAAAAGUUGGCCCUGCAGCUUCUUUUAAGAGCCCCUGGCCUUUUUUCCUUCCUUUUUGCUGUUCUUUUCUUUAAAAGAACGUGGGCGAUUAAGCGGCUUGGGAGACCAACAUUGAGGUCUGGCCGCCCUAUGGCUCCCUCAUUCCGGAAAAAAAGAAACUUUGGGAAACUUACUUAGAUGAAAAGAGGGACGGGGCUGGGUGCCAGUCAGUCUCCCCCCGCCCCCCCCCCGACCCUCCCCAUUGCAUUUGCCUUGCAAAGAUGAAUUAGGCAUUUAAAAAGAAACUGCGUUGGGGCUCGAUCCCUGCACUCCAGCCCAUGGCAGCUUUAAAUGGCUAAAAAGCCUCCCCCCGGCCUGCCUCUGGAGAACAAUCCCAAACUGGUUCGGAAAUCCUCUCCUCCUUCCUGGUCCCUGCUCCCCUUUUAGCCAUUGCCAUGCUGAGAAUCCCCAAAAUAGGGCCUCCUGCCCCAGGGAGAGGAGGGCCCUCCAUUGCUCCCCUUCUGCAGCAAAAGAAAGCCAUCCCGGUGAUCUCCCCGGCUGAUCUGGUGGCCUCCAACCUUGGCAGCCCUCACAUGCGGGGCCUCCCGGCUACCUGCUUCACCCAGGUGUACCCCCAGACUGCGGUGGUGGCCCCCUUGCCUAGGGGCAGCUGCUUGUACGCCACCCCCCAUGGACCUGAGAUCAAAGCCAUGCGCUCUGCCUCCACUGGAAAAUUACCGGCCAAAAGGAAGUUGGAUCUAGAAGGGAUGGGCCAGCAGUGUAUCCCGGAGUUCCGUACCCCAAAGGGCAAGGGAAGAACGCUGACCCAUAUCCCCAGCCCCAAAACCCCUAAAUCGCCUGGAGAGAAGACCCGCUAUGACACGUCGCUGGGCCUGUUGACGAAGAAGUUCAUUCACUUGCUCAGUGAGUCGGAGGACGGGGUGCUGGACCUGAACCGGGCCGCGGAGGUGUUGGAUGUCCAGAAGCGGCGCAUCUAUGACAUCACCAAUGUCUUGGAGGGGAUCCAGCUCAUCCGGAAGAAAUCCAAGAACAACAUCCAGUGGAUGGGGACGGGGAUUUUUGAGGACUCCUCUGUGGCGGCGAGACAGCAAGCGUUGCGGCAGGAGCAGGCAGAGCUUUCCAAGACCGAGAGGAUGCUGGACAAGCUCAUCCAGGAAUGCACCCUUCAGCUGAAGCACCUGACGGAAGAUGAAACCAAUCAGAGGCUAGCUUAUGUAACGUAUCAGGACAUCCGCGCCAUCAGCAACUUCAAUGAGCAGACGGUGAUUGUGGUCCGAGCCCCACCAGAGACCCGGCUGGAAGUGCCAGACCUUUGUGAGGAGAAUGUUCAGCUCCACCUGAAAAGUAGCAAUGGCCCGAUUGAGGUGUACCUGUGCCCUGAGGAAGUCCUAGAGGAGAGUCCCGCAAAGGAGAGUGGCUUCCCAGCCCCGAUGCUCCAGAGCGGGGGCCGCAGUGCCAGUCCUCCAACGGUGAAAGCCGAGCCUGUGAAGACAGACCUGCCCUGCAGCCUCAUGGAAGGGGAGGAUGGCUUCCUAGGGUUGCCCCAGCAUCUCUUGCAGCAGACGGAGGACCAGCUCCCUUCCGCUUCCUACAGCGAUGCCGGCCCUUUUGUCAGUUUUUCCCCUCCCCUCGACCAAGAGGACUAUUUGUGGGGGCUAGAGGAGGGCGAAGGAGUGAGCGACUUAUUUGAGGCCUACGAUUUGGGUGACCUGCUAAAGAACUGAGCCAGGAUUCCUACGUUUGUUUUAUGGUGCUAACAUUUCCCCUCUCCUCCCUCCAAAGCCUCAGGGCUUUUCUCAGAAGUGUUGGGUAGAAGGAGACCUCGCAAGCAGUUCUCCACGGCUUGAGGAGAUUUUUGCCCAUCUCAGCCAUUUUCUGAAGCCAUCAAGUUCUUUGCAAGCGCUUCGGUGCAAGGAGGCAAAUGGGUGGGUUACCCCUAGGUAGAGUUUCACUCUUGCCUUCUUCCUUCUUAGGUCCCCUUAGAAAUGCUUUAUGGAAUUGGAGGCUUAUUCCUUCCUCCUCCUUGUGUGUGCGCAGGGAAAUAUUUCGAAGCAGACAGGCCUUAUGUAGGAAAGACCAGAUGCAUCUUUGCUUUGUAUGGAUUUCGAACCUGAGUGGAAAGGGCCAGAUUGGGGCCCUACCAUGACAGGGUGGAACAGUGUGCAGUGAAGGAAACAUGCCCCUUCCAGCAACUAGGCGUUGGUGUUAGGGCUGAAUGAAUAGUGAUCUCAUCCUGUGUCCCCCCUCCCCAAGACCUCAAUUUUGAGUCCAUCAGUCAGGGGAUUAAUAACCACUUUGCUGGGUCAUUGGUCUCACACUCCUGGGCUUAACAGCGGCUUGACGUUUCCCAGCUUCUUGGUUAUUGUGAUGUUCAGAACGGCUUUAGUGAUGGACCUGCUUGCUUGUAGCCUCAAGCUCGUCCCUGGUUCUGCUCAGAAAUCUGGUGUAACAUGGUACUCCAGACAUUGUCCUGUUUUUGAGUUGUGGAGCCCCCUGAGACCGGGUGUGGAAUCAGCUCUUUAAUUGUGUAUUAGGGGAUAGGAAACGCUUGUACUGAGGGAGCAGGCAGAGUGAACCAGGUUGUUUUGGGCUAUUCCAUCACUCUUCUGUUGAAGGAAAGGUCUAAAUAAGCCGGAUGCAUCCUUUGCUAAGAUCUGUAUAAAGGAGUUACGCUGCAUUGCUUGGAAGGGGGUCUGUGCUCAUCCCCCUCCUUUGUAAAAAGAUGACCCGUGGGCGUAUCCACCUGGUCUGCUGCUUCUCAGUAUUGAAGUCCAGUUGACUCGGUUCCGUUCUCUUCUAAGUGCAUUGACUUCAGUGGACUUGGAAGGAUGUAAACUCUGCUUAGGAUCGCACUGCAAACCCUUCUUUACAUCUCAACAAUGUAAGCAGGGCUACUGGUAAGCCUUGGGCAAGAUGCCCUCCAGUGGCCCCCAGCAUCCGAUGCGUGUUCACAUGUGUGUGUACUUGUGCACACACACUCACUCGCACACUCCUCAAGAGGAAGGGGACUGUCAUACUCCUUUUCAAAGCCCCAUUGGUGCUGGUCGGGUUUAAAAGAAUAUAGAAGAGUUGGACUCCCCUCGUGGCAGCUGAUCGUUCUUCCCAAAGACCACCGCAGUUGUCUCCUGUGCCUGGUGGGAGCAGAUUGGUCAGGCAGUCUCUAGUUGGUGGUAGGCCAUCUUCUGGUCUUCAGCAGAUGCUGGAUGAUACGUGCAUUCAACCAAGAAAUCAUCCACGUUGGAAGUUAUGCCAGGUGAAAAUCCCUUGCCGUACGUCAUAAUUUGUUGCGGAGACUGUCUCCCCCUCCCUCCCCCCAGCAUAGAGUUGGAACUACCUUCUAGGCCUUGGAAGGCUUGCAUCCUUUAGCAGAAUGAAUGUUGGUCUUACCGCCCUCUGCCAUGAUGGUGGAUCCACUGGCUAUCAGUGGCUCCCUAAUUCCUUGUUCCCUUCCUUCAUACCUUCAUCCUCAAGAAGGUGCUUUUUACCUCUGGAGAUCCAAAGGGAUCUGGCUGCUCAGCUCCUAAUUCAGCAGUGGAGCCAGCAAGUCCUCUUCUCUCCACCGCCCCCCUCCCCAUUCCACCAUGACAAAGAAAAAAAAAUAGGGAAUUUGAGCCAUCUUUGGACCCAUGUCUGCUUCUACAGAGGUGUAGUGAACUUUUGAAAUGCACAGAGCUUUUCAUAAUGGUCUCAGUGUAACUUGAAAGCUUGCAUGUUUGUUGCUUCGUAUUUGUACUCCUAUAAACAUUUGUCUAUUUUAUAGAUAUUAUCCACCAUUUUUUAUUUCUCUCCCAGGACAGAUCUGGCCGCAGGCCUGCCGCAGAAAAUGGCAUCUUUGCCUCUAGUUCUGGUCCCUGACAUCUUGUGAAACUUGUAGGGGUAGCAUAUUGGUGACAUGCUGUUGAAUCCCAUUCUGUAUUGUUGGGUGCCCUGGCAGCUGGGACAAGGGGAAGCUGGUGAUGAGUUUUGUUGCAUCGUUAUACAGAGAAGAGGACAAAGCCUAGAUGCAGGGAUGUCAUUUUUAGCAGCAGCCUCGUGCCUCUAAGUUCUGUCCUCAGAUGAACCUGCUGUCUAUAAUCAAUGGACAUUUACUCAGGGAAGAAAAAAUGAUUGCAUUGACUCUGUUGGCUUCUUGUGCAUCUCUUUAGAGUUGGCAGUGCCUUUCCCCUUGUGCAGUGAAUCUCAAUCAAUUCAGCACUUGGGUCUUAAAUUUAAAAAGCAUUGCUUGGUUUUAACUUUCAAAAGUUUUGAGCAUUUUCCUUGUAGUCUCGUUUACUCUGAAAUUCAAACUUGCCCAGGGUGGCAGCUGUUAGUCAAGGAUUACAGUCCCUGGUAUUACCUCCUGCUGCAGGGAGAACUGGGCUUCCACGUUCUCAUGAAUGGUGACUUAGCCCAUCUUGCUGUGCCCAUAUAUUUUUUUCUCUCUGCUGGCCCCUUCUUGAUUCUCUAACCACAGACCCUGAACUGAUUUGAUCCUGAGCUCAAUGAGAAAAUGAAGUGGGUGUUGAAAGCUUUGGAGAAUUUGAGGGCUUGUCCAGGUGCGUCAUUCUCUUCCAUGGCUGUUCAGGCUGCUUCUUGAAGUGGUCCAUCGAACUGUGGGGGAGAGCUCGCAACACUGGUUUUGUGUGGAGGCUCUUGGGUUAGAGCUGUGUGUGGGUCCCCCUUGCCUGGUGUGGGCCCGUCUCUCCUCACUACUGGGUGCUCAUUUGACUGCUCCCUUUGAGUGAGGUGAGCAAUGUUCCUCUGAGUACACCUUGUUUAUUCAGAAAGGACAGGCAGCAAGAGCAAAGGAGUGAAGCGAUAGGGAUCCAGAGCUUGGCAGGUGUCCUACUAGCUAGGUAAUAUGCCUUAGUCAGUUCUGGCAAGGCCGACUCCAGGUGCCAGCCCGGGGGGGCUUGCAUGAUGCAAUGCUUGCCUGUUGGCAAAAUAUUUCUGCACCCUGAAAACUAACGUGCCAUAGAGAAGGCAAAGCCGUCCCCUUCCGCUGAACUGUUCUUUGUAGCGGGGUGUGGUUGUGUGGGAAAGCAUUUCCAUCACCACCCCCGUGACCCCCUACCUGCAAGCGGCAGUUGCACACCCCGAGUCCCCUAAAAGUAUGGUGAAUGAGUGACAAUGAAGAAGUAUCUGUUGGGGGAAUGGUCAUUGUUCUGAAUGUUGCAGAAUCAACUUGCUUGUGAGGUUUGGAAAUGUCAAGUACAUCAAAUCAGAGUGCCCGUCAUCUGAAAAACCUCCAUUGCUGCUGUAAUCUUUGCUUACACGCUUUUAGGGUGAAAGGAUGAUUGGGGGGGGGUAAGGCAGAAGAUUUUGAACCCCCCCCAAUACACACACACACACACACACACCAUGUUUUUCUCCUUCAUGUGCAGUUCUGUGCCAGGUGUCAGUUGUUUCUUUCCUUGGUCUGCGGUUUGAACAUCAUGUUUUUUUUAAAAAAAAAAUUGUGGCUGCUGCUUCAGUGAUACCGUCCAACCUGGCUUGGUUGUGCAAUGAGAUCGCAAAGCCAGAUUGGAGCGAGGGCAUUGCUGCCUGCUGUCCUCCUAAAAGGGUAAACUUUAAACUUGGCUUGCAAAGCCCCUCCCAACAGCUGCUGAAACAAGUGUUGAUGUUUUAUGAAUUUCAGACUCAGCCUUUUAAACAACGUGCUCUUGAGGGUUAGACGAUAGCUAGGAGAUCUCCUUGCCCCAGCUGUGCCACUGAAUCAUUACACAACCUUAGUUGCAUCCUGUGUCUCAAUUUCCCUCCAUUAGUCAAAUAAGGAAGACUGUAUCUUUCUCACUUCUUUCUUCAUUUAGUCAUUAUAGCAACUCUCCUUCCUUCCUUCCUUCCUUUUCCAUGAGUGGCUCUUCUGAACAUUUCCCUCAUUUAAUAAAAGGCAUGCUUACUUGGUUGGGGGGUGUUGAGUGCACCCGUGCAACAUACCCAAGUUUGGGGCACAUCAUCUGUACUUGCAUUUGGGGGAUCUGUGGGGAAAUGUGGGCUGUGCUAGGCAAUACGCAGCUCCCACGGUGAGGGUGCAGUGAAUGCCCACUCUAAAUCCAUGCGCCCAGUCCUAGUGACAUUCCGGACUGCUGGAGCCGAUUUACCUGUCCCCAAACAAUUGCAUGGUUCAAAAUCUUCUGUAAAUGCCUCACUUCAGAAUGCCAGCAAAAGGCUGUAUGACCGAGCAGCAUCCAGGGCUGCAGUUGCAGACAUUCUUAGCUGAGGUUCGCUGUGGCCCUGCUUGCUUCUGCAUCAGACUCUGAGUUGGGCGAUGCCGCAGUGCUGCAGUGUGAGAUGAGGUCAUUUCUUCCACAAGAGGGUGAGCAGUGGGCAGGCCAGCCAAUGGACUUGUCUCACCUGCCUGCAGGGCUGAGAGGGGUUGGUCCCAGACAAAGGUGCCUUUUUGAGGUUCCCAGUCUUUUACAUUUUGGAACAUCUCCAAAUUGAUUUUUGCCCAGAACAAAUUGUUAGCAGCAUCCAUGUGACAUCUGUAGUUCUGAGACCUUGGUGCUAAAGGAGACUCGUGGGGACAGCCGGUGAUUAUAGCUUUGAACAGGCACGGAACGUGUUCAUUAUUGAAUUCUACCCAGGUAUCCAAGGGCCUGGUCAACCCCAUUCUUUGGCUGACAGCAAGUUGAGAGGGGGUGGUCAGGCCAAGUUGGAGAGCACCCCAUGGACGUACUCCCAACUUUUAUGCAGCAUCCCCAAGACAACAAGCAAGACAACUGUGUACCCACUUCCAACAUGGUCUGUUGCUUUGCACAAGCAAUGUGUGUGUCUCAGAAUCCUCCAGGCUGGCAUACUCCAAACUGUUCAUAUCUCAACCCCUCUCGUAUGCUACUUGCUUUCGUCUGCAAGAAGCAAGAGGCAGUGAACAGGGUGGGAAGUGCUAUGGGGAAGAUUUUGACUCUUGGCUUGCCGGUUACCAAACUCGAUUUUAGCAAUUUGCUGUUUCUUGAUUUUGUGCAAACCAACAUGAUUUUCUUGCAAAGACUGGGAAGAAGAGGAGGGGGGUAAAUCUUGGACCGAGGAUGCCUUGAUGUCAUUCCAGGCCUUACCAAGGACAAAGGGGAUACUUAAGGGCUAUGAGUCUUUACCAGUCUGAAAAUAAGCUUUUUUUGAACCAGCCUCUUUUUUGUAAUUUCUUUGUAUAAAUGAAAGUCUUACUUUGUACAUAGAGUUGUGGGUUUUGUUCAAGAAUAUCAAAGUUCUGUGGUAUUCAGUUGACAGGAACUGUUUUGGAACUUUGGUUUAUUGUAGAAUAAUUAAUUCUCCAUGUUUCUAAUGGCUGAGUUUGCUUUUUAACCAGCUUCCCAAGCUAAUUUUUUUUUAAAUGUGAGUUGAGUGUUUGUGUCAAUGAAUUACAGCUCAACUUUCAGUCUUAAUUCAAUGCACUUGUAUAAGGGAGGCCAUAGUUGAUUCUUUCAAUAUUUCUCUUGUACAAGACUUCUUUUUAAAAAGUGUUCCAAACAUUUGGGCCUAGCUACACGGCAGGGUCUUGUCUUAAUAUUGUAAAAGUUGUACAUAAUUAUUGCACUGUAUUUAUAAUGGGAGCCCUCUUUGACACCAUUCUGCUGCGUAUAGUGGGUUUGGUUGUUUGAAACUGAAUAUUUAAAAUUGUUCUGAGGCUUUUCUGUGAUGUUUGGCUUGGCCUUGUGGAUGGAAAUGCGUGUAGGGUGUGUGUGUGUGUUUUUUAAAAAAAACAAAGAACUUGAGGCACUUGUGUUUUUUUGUGAACAAAAAAAUGGACAUAAAGAUUUUUGAACCACCAUGAAAAGAAUUUCUGCCUUUCUCAUCAGCCGAGGCUCCU